GUCCUCUUGCGUAUCUGACUCGUCCCCCGCCCUUGUAAGCCAACGUAGACGUCACCCGACGACUUUCGAAUAAAGAAUGGCUGGGACCUGUGAUUAUUGCCAUUCUCGACCAAAGCGUGUCGAGGCAGGAAAAGUACACGCAUACUGUAGUAAAACUUGUGCUUCCAAAGCAAAAACCGAUGACUGCCAGUUCUGCCAUGCGAAACCAAAAGCACCCGGCCAUCAAUACUGCGGGAAAACGUGUGCUGGGAAAGCUAAUGCCUCUGGUGGAGCCGGUCAGGGGAAACCAUUUGACACGAGCACCGCAUGUCUUAUGUGCAAGAAGGCUCCUAAGCAGGGACAGCGUAAUUUUUGCUCGAAGUAUUGUGCCGACUCUGCAGAAAGCCAGGCUCCCCUGCUGUUAGAUGUACCAUCCAGCCAUGUUACAUAUAAGAGUGUCGCAAAUCAAUUGCAUACUUCGUGGAAGCACACGAACAGGCCUUCCCCUAGAAUUAAAAAGAUCUACAAGAUAGUCGAGUCGCACACGCUCAGAGCGAAAUACGAGGCGUAUAAAACCAAGGUGGAAGGAAAAGGUCAUUUCGAGGCUAAGGGCAUGUCUCCGGGUAAUGAAUGCCGUCGCUGGCAUGGUGCUCAUCGCGGAUGCAAAAUUGGCGAAUCUGGCCAAACGCAGCUGUGCUCAGGGCAGGGAUGUCCUAUUUGUAGCAUCAUCCGAACUUCGUAUGACUUGCAGUAUUCAGGUAACAACUUUGGUUGGCUGAGGUUCGGAUUAGGCAUAUAUACAUCAGCCACAUCUUCCAAGGCAGAUGAUUAUAUUUGCCCAAAUGGACCGCGACCACCAGUGCGAGCUUUGCUUUUGAAUACUGUUGUGGUUGGCAAGGGAAAGACACUCACACUUGAUGCUCGGACUUUGACCGCUCCUCCCGCUGGUUUUGACUCGGUUCUUGGCGAACCGAAGCUGCUAGGUAGCCUUAACUUUGAUGAAACCGUGGUAUACAACAACGAUGCCAUAAGGCCAUCAUUCCUUGUCAUUUACGACGGGUAGAAGUAUAUCCGUAACGCUCAAGCCUCACUUCAUGGUCAUGUUCCGUAAACUAUAAUAAUAGGUCUUGCCCAGUUCAGGAUGCUCCUCGUAGAUCUCGAUGAUCUAGUAUAUGCUUAACAUGAUCCUCAUUGUUGUUCGUGUUCGUCCCCAUCUUCUAUAUCGAAUAUUCGAGCUUUUCUUUUUCUUGUAUAAUAAAUUUCCAUGAUGCAUCUGUCUUAAC